AUGGAUGAAAUUAGGCUUACUACCUUCCAAAAUAUUGUAUUACCGAAUUUGGACCAAUUGUCCCUCGUUAUUUUAGUUGUACUACUUUAUCUUACGGCUGCUGCUUCUUUUCGACGUGAAGAAGAAGAAGAAGAAAAAGAAAAAAAAGAAAGCAAAUGGAAAUAUGAUGUUUUCAUUAGUUUUCGCGGCGAGAUCCGGUGUGGAUUUAGCGACCAUCUUCUUGCUGCAUUGAAAGGAGAAAGCAUCCGCACGUUUAGAGAUGACGAGAACCUCCCGAAAGGGGAAGUGAUUAGACCUGAGCUGCUGAAGGCAAUCAGGACAUCAAGGAUUGCAAUUGUGGUAUUUUCCAAAAACUAUGCUACUUCCGAUUGGUGCCUCAACGAGCUGGUGGAGAUCUUGAGUUGCAAAAGGAGGUUGAAUCAAAAGGUUCUUCCUAUUUUCCUCCGUGUGCCUCCGUGUGAUGUGCGAGAGCAGAAGGGGAAAUUCGGCAAACCACUUCCACAAGCCGAUGAAAGGAAGAUGAAGAGAUGGAAGACUGCUUUGACUAAGGCUGGAGCAUUGGCAGGCUUGGAGUUGAAACCAAAUCGACGUGAAGCACUCUUUGUAAAGGAUAUUGUUAUGCACGUUUCGGAAAUGCUAAAUGAGAUAUCCGCUAUUGCUGUCUGA